CACUCCCACAGCGUUAUGGCGACCAGUUGCGCAAUGGCCAGCCAGCUCAAGUCCUGCUCCCCCAAGGGCCUCUCCGCAUCUUCUCCCCUCAGGCCUCUCGCCUUUAGAACCUUCCAACUCAGAGUGAAGGCCGCCCAAUCUGAGGAUAAGGGGCCGCUGGGCGCCACGACCUACCAGGUCAUUCAACCCAUAAACGGAGACCCUUUCAUCGGGAGCCUAGAAACUCCGGUGACGUCGAGCCCCCUGAUCGCGUGGUAUCUGUCGAACCUGCCGGCGUACAGGACGGCGGUGAGCCCUCUGCUGAGAGGCGUGGAGGUGGGGCUGGCGCACGGGUUCCUGCUGGUGGGCCCCUUCGUGAAGGCGGGGCCGCUGAGGAACACACCGUAUGCGGGAGGGGCGGGCUCCCUGGCGGCGGGCGGCCUCGUGGUCAUCCUCAGCAUCUGCCUCACCAUCUACGGCAUCGCCUCCUUCAAGGAAGGAGAGCCUUCCGUGGCUCCUUCCUUGACCUUGACCGGCCGCUCCAAGCAGCCCGAUCCCCUGCAAACCGCCGACGGCUGGGCUAACUUCACCGGGGGCUUCUUCUUCGGCGGCAUUUCCGGUGUUAUUUGGGCCUAUUUCCUCCUCUACGUCUUGAACCUUCCUUACUACUUCAAGUGAUUCGCGUGUACGCUGUACAUUCAAUUCCCAGGGCAUCUCUCUAAUUAAUUUGUGCUCUGUUUAUAUAUUUUAUUUUCUACGGUUCCCUGAACAAUGAAAGUAUUGGGAUUUGCA